CAGAAAGCCCCUCUUCCGGUUCGGAGGCUCCAGAAUCUUGAAUUAUACGCGCCGCCUCUGCCAGUAAAAACAUUGUAUGCCGAUUGACAAAGGAAAAAGCAAUCAGCUACAUCCAUCUUCAUUGACGGCGCUCUUUCACAAUGGCAUCCAUUUUACCGGGCAGAGUCACGGAGAAACGCAUGAUGCAGAUCCGCGCCAAAUCCAAGCUACGAGAGAAGCUCGUACAGGUAAUAGAGAAGACCGAAGAACAGCUGGAGAUUGUGCACGAGCAAAUCGACCUCCUAAGACAGAGAAGAUCGGAAAUCGACCGGCAAAUCAUCACCUAUGAUCAGAGACUGCGUCUAAGAGGCGAGAUACAGGACAGCAUCGCUGCCAGAGAAAUCGAAGCUGAACAACUAAGAGAGCAGCUCGCCGUAGCGAUCCAUGAGCUGAAAGAUUACGAUGACAUGAUACAGAGUAGGGCACCAAAACAUUCGCAUUCGACCACUAUAGAAGAGGAAUAUCGGUACUGAAGGUACGAGACACGAGUUUUUUUCUAUUUGAGAAGAAAAGACAAAAGAUGGGCUUGUGUUAUACAAGACUCGAUGUGGGCUUUUUAAUCCUGCGAUUCGGCGAUAAUGGAAUGGAAAUGUGGCGAUUCUCCCAGGACUAGCAGUUUCAAAACAAUAUACAAUUCGGUUUUCUUUUCGUGUGUCCUCUUCUAAGAAAUGUAAAAUAAAUCUAAAUCUAUCCCCAA